AUGUUUCCGACUCCGCGCCUGCUGACGAGCGCUUCCUUCUUGCGCCGCUUGUUCCGGUUCCCGUUCAACACCCAACCUGAGCUGGACGAGUCCAAGCUGAAUCCCUGCCAACGGGCAUUGUUGGAAGAACGGUGUUUGCUGGUCACAGAGCGAGAUGCUGUGACUGGAUCGGCGACCAAGCGAGACUGCCAUUUGUGGCAAAACGGGUCGUGUCCCCUGCACCGCGCCUUCUCAGUGUUCCUCUUCAAUGGGAAGGGCGAGAUGCUGGUCCAGCAGCGGGCCAUGACCAAGAUCACGUUCCCGGGAUUUUACUCCAACACCUGUUGUAGUCAUCCACUGGACACACAAGAGGAACUACAGGAGAAGGACUUCAUUGGAGUUCGUCGAGCUGCUGUGAGAAGGUGCGAAUAUGAGUUGGGUAUCCAACUCGACCCGCAAGACCUCACGGUGGUGACAAGAGUACUCUACAAGGCUCCUUCCACCGACGUUUGGGGGGAACACGAAAUCGACUACGUCCUGUUCGCCAGGAAAGACGUUAAAUUAUUACUCAACCCCAACGAGGUUCAGGACUUCAAAUGGAUCCCGCGUGAGAAUUUCCAGGAAUUCCUGGCCAAGUGCGCAUCCAGAGGUAUACCACUAACCCCCUGGUUCCAAAUCGUCGCUGCAAAGUUUCUUCAGCACUGGUGGCAGAAUCUAGACAACCUCAAAGCUGUUCAAGAUCUAGAAAACAUCCACAAGGUGAUAUCCGUGAGCGGAACCGAAGUGGAAGAUUUGGAUGUUCGUUUGCAAAUCCUGAAAAAUCAAGAAUAUCGGCACUGGUGGCAGAAUCUAGACAACCUCAAAGCUGUUCAAGAUCUAGAAAACAUCCACAAGGUGAUAUCCGUGAGCGGAACCGAAGUGGAAGAUAUGGAUGUUCGUUUGCAAAUCCUGAAAAAUCAAGAAUAUCCGAGCCUUGGAAAAAAUGAAAAUAAAAUCGACAACGAAAAAGCACGAACCUUCUUCGGCAUUUUGAAGCCAUUCAACGAGUCGCUUGGUCUGCUCGAGAAACACACUCUUCCCUUUCGGCGAAUGAGCCUCUCGAUACCAGUGCAAAAUAACAUUUUCGCUCAAAACAUCCGUCUUGUACAAGAGCAGCACGAUUUUAUGGAACGUCUUCAUGAAACUCAUGUUAUCGUAGCAAUAUUCUUGAAUCUUGAUGAGCAACGCGAGUUCUGCCUUCGCGUUGUUCCCCGUAAAGUCGGCAAACAUUGGCGCAUAGUGCUUGAGGUGCUUGAAAGCCUGCUCAGCAACAAGUUCCUCCUUUUUGUUCCAUUCCACACUCCCCAUCACGGCAUUCCAGAGAAUCGUCACAACGUCCUUGUCUUCCAAGUUGCACUUGCCCAUCGUGUCCUUGAUGUAGGUAGUGCUCCUGUGGACGUUAACACGCAAGAGAUCAACAUUUGGCCACUCAAAAUCGCGCGUUGCGGAUGCGCCCGAGCUUUACCUGCUGCUCGGAUGAACACACCCCCAGUAGCACAAAGGAAAUACAGACAGAUAACAUUUAUCCCGCAAAAGCCAUCAUCAAACAAACCUGCAGCAAGUUUAUGA